UUCCUCUCUCUCCAAGACCUCAAGUUUUUGUUGUUUUUUGGGUUUUUUUCGGUUUUUUUUUGCACAACCCCGGUCCUUGAAAUAAGAACCCUUCAAGCAACCUGGAAAACGUUUGGUCAGCACAAAAAAAAAGAAAAAAAAAAAGAAAAAAAGAGCAAAACCAAAAAAAAAAAACCCAAAAAAAGCCCUCCUGUUUUUUUUCCAAAGGAUCUGUCUCAGGAAUUUAAAGCACAUUUAAGACACACACAUAUAACAUAAAGGAGGGGGGGAAAAGCUCUUCCCCUCCCCUUCUCGCAGAAAGCAUGGAAGAAAGCUCCAGUUCUCCUGUUUCCCCUGUGGAUAGCUUGGGGACCAGUGAAGAGGAGCUGGAGAGACAGCCAAAGAGAUUUGGCAGGAAGAGAAGAUACAGCAAGAAGUCCAGCGAAGAUGGCAGCCCUAACCCAGGGAAGAGGGGGAAAAAGUCCAGUCCCAGCUCCCAGUCUUAUGAGGAACUGCAGAGCCAGAGGAUCCUGGCUAAUGUCAGAGAGAGGCAGAGGACUCAGUCGCUCAAUGAAGCUUUUGCCGCCUUGAGGAAAAUCAUCCCCACUUUGCCCUCUGACAAACUCAGUAAAAUCCAGACCCUCAAGCUGGCAGCACGGUAUAUAGACUUCCUCUACCAGGUGCUACAGAGCGACGAGAUGGACAGUAAGAUGACGAGCUGCAGUUACGUGGCUCACGAGAGGCUGAGUUAUGCCUUCUCCGUAUGGAGGAUGGAAGGAGCGUGGUCCAUGUCGGCCUCCCACUAGCCACCGCCCGGGCCAGGCAAGCCCAGCCGCCAAAAGGACUGUCCAAUGCCUGAGACUGAAGUGGAAUUGGGAUGUAUCCAAGUUUGUAGCUUCUGAAACCUUAACAACCUCAAGUAAACUGGUCCAAAAGACCCCUCUUGACCUCCCUCGCUCUGAGCUCUUGCGGAGCACUUGGACUGAGCAGAAAACAGCACCGAAAGCUGAUGGUCUGAGACUUUGCAACAUCUCUCCCUAAAGCGACUGACCAAAGAGAAACGACAUUCCUUGGUGUCCAUUGUUGUGUCUGUCUGUGUGUGUGCGUUUGGUUUUAGCUCUUUGCUCUUCUCAAAAGCCUUAAUUCAGGAACACAUUUAGGAGAAACGGUUGGGUUCAGAUGUUACUCCCCUGGACCUGCCUUCUUUUCUGGGUUUGUUUGCUGUCUGUUUGUUUAAACCCAGCACCCUAUUCCUUGUACAGUGAUGGCAAAACUGGACCAAGGCUCUCGUAAGAUAAAACAACCCCCCCAAAAAAGAGAAGGAAAAACCCCACUGUGUCCCCAGCUCCCUGCAUGAUUUGUUUCAAGUACAGCCUGGAUUACAGACUGCCCUCCACGCUCUACUGCCUCUUCCUUAUUGCUCCAUGAUUUGCUACCGCUCGCCCCCCUCAUCCCCUUUUCGUUUCAGUGUAUAUGUUGCUUAUUUGUUUUAUUUAUUGAGAUAUUUUUAACGAGCUAAGAGACUGCAAUGUUGCUGUGUAUACUGCUUCUCUUGCCAAUAAAAAUAAAGAUGUCAUGCAGCUAC